CUUUGCUUGGCAAGAACUUGAAGAUUCAACUUCAGUCUUCAAGAGGUCUGGUCAAGGUGCAGGGGAACCUAGCAACAAGAAGCAGAUUUCAGGGUGCCAGCAGACGGUUGUAUCAACUGAACGCUUCAGCUUUUGAGAGGUUUCGUGGAGAUCUGCAGAGAGGGCGAGUUUAGCUGCUCUAGUGAUCAUCUAGCACAGGAACCUUGAGUUCUUUGAUCGAAAGGCCGUCAUGGCUGGUACUUAUCUUCCCACACCGCCACCGAGCCCCCGUGCUAUGCGAGAACCGUGGCGGAAGCAGCUGCCGGCUUUGUUGUGGCCUGUGGCCCGCAAGCUGCAGGGGACGUUUCCCAGUGCGUGGAAUGCAUGGAUGCUGCCAGGCCUUUGCUUCCUUGUGGACUUCCAGAUGUUGGGGCAUGUGGCGGUGGUCGUCUUUUUGGUCUGGCUCUCGGGCUACUUUGGCGUCAGCAUCUUCUUGGCACUUACGUGGUCGCUGCUCUACCUGGGAUUUAUUGACAGGUCGCAGCGGGAUGCAAGUACAAGCCGGUUGCGCCAUGAAGCCUACAGGGAGGUGGAACGCCAGAAGGCAUUUGACGUGACGGAGACAUGUGGGUGGGUGAACACCAUGACGGAGGCUCUUUGGAACUACAACCUGGAGCCGCUCAUCUGUGAGAACAUCCUUAAGGUGGUGCCUUGGUUCCUGGAUACCUUCAAACCAGGGGCGCUGGAGAAGUUGUCCUUACUAAAGAUUCGCCUGGGGAGCACGCCCCCGGUGCUGUCCAACAUGCGCGUGUACAGCCAGCCGUCCAGCGACGACCACAUUGUGCUGGAGUGCAGCAUGUCCUUCUUCACCGACGCUGACUUCAGCGCCACCGCAGAGGCGAAAGUGCGCACCAUCAAGGUCACGGCCCAGGCGUUCAUCACCAGCCUCAGGAUGGAGGGCAAGGUGCGUGUCGGCAUCCAGCUGGCUCACAAUCUGCCCCUGAUCAAGAGAGUGCGCGUCUCCUUUGUGACCCCCCCCAAAGUUGGCGUGUCGGUCAAGCCAUUGACCACCCACAGUUUCGACAUUGCACACAUGCCCAUCAUAGCCAACCUGAUUGAGCACACGCUCACCUCCGCGGUUGAGAGCACUGUGGUUACGCCCAAUAUCUUGACAAUCGACGUUCCAAAGCUCCUCUGCUGGGAUGGCGUUGUUGGAGUGCCGGCGCAGCUGCCAAAUUGGAUCGAACUGGAGCAUGGAAGGCCAGAAGCCAUCGUCCUGUUUGAGAUCUUGGAGGGGCGCAAUCUCCGGGCCGCUGAUAGGUCAGGCAAGUCGGACCCGUAUGUGAAGCUGCAUUACUUCAAGUACCAGCGGCAGACCAACGUGAAGAAGAAGACGCUGAACCCGCUCUGGAACGAGGAGUUCCAGCUGUACGUGCCCACGUGGGCCUCCCCGCAGGUGGCGCUCAUCAAGGUCCUCGAUCACGACGACUUCUCCAGGGACGACAAGCUGGGGCAGGUGCAGGUCGACCUGGCCAAGCACCGCCACGGCGCCCGCACCGAGAUGUGGCUGCCCCUGGAGGACGCCCCGGGCAAAAAGGGGCAGGCGCAAGGGGAGAUCCGCAUCGCAAUCACUCUCAACGACAUGCCGUACGAUGACAACCGGCCGGCAGGCCUCAAUAAGGAGGCGCUCGGCGUGGGCCCGGUGAUGUCGAGCGAGAUGCAGGCGGUGGCGGCCACGUCGCAGGAGCCCAUCCCGCAGUCGCUGGAUCUAGACGUCGGCAUUGGCCAACCGGGCGCCAUGAGCAUCUACGGCCCCGCCGCCAGCCAGCUGCUCGACCAGCAAAACGCGCGCGCCGCAGAAGCCAUGGACGCCACUUUGCCCGGCACUACGGUGGCAAGUGUGAACGCCGCAUAUCCCGACGCCGAUGUGGGCCUGCGACAAGAGCACGAGUUUGGGACGUCCAAGUCGCUGGUGACAGGCACCGGGGAGGACGGGCUGCCGGAGUACUCGACGGACCGCGUGGUGGGUCAUGAGCCGGCGCUCGGGGAGCUGAGCGCGGAGGAGAGCGCGUACACGGAGGGCGCUCACAAGCACAGGAUCAAGCAAGGCCUGAAGAAGCUGAUCAACAAGGCGACUGGGGCGUGAGCAGAGCGCCGAGUGCAAGGUACAUUGUGAGGAUAGUGCAGAUGGAAGAAUGAGAGGCUUACGGUAUGGUGGCUUGGGGGUGAGGGACGUUAGAGUUUCUGCAUGCUUGCAGCUGGACUGGGUUUGCAAUUGCUCUAGCGCAGCAGAUAAGCUAUUGUGUUUGUCUUUGUUCCAUAGGCAUGCGCCGGUCAAAUAUGCACGCGGUGCAAUUAUAUGGUACAGCAAGUAGCUGGACGUUUGGAUAUAGACUCUUUACCUGAUGUCAAGUUCUCUUUUGUAUUCUAGUAUUUCUAAGUCUGUUUAUUUUUAAUUCCGGCCCCU